AGGCACUGACCACAAAUCCAAACUCGCGCAUGUGAAAGAGUUCAUCGGACGGGUUCGCAUUGGUUGCGCGGUUGACUUAAUGGAAUCGUUGGCACGUGGUUUGCUUCCCUAUCGGGAUGUGAUAGGCAAUGUGGCCGGGAUAUUAACGGUUACCCAGUUCCUGAGUGGAUGUUUCACGUGCAAUAAGAUUCGUCUCAAGGGUAGUUCGGAGAGCUUCUCGGCGCUGCAGUUCGUGUUCGGUUGUGGUUUAACAGCAUUGCAACUCAAAUACUCCUUGCUGCUUGGAGCUGCAGCGCUGAUUCGUACGAGCGCUUACGCACUUGCUAUUUGCCUGGUGUACUCCGGUUGGUUUCUGUAUUUCACACCAGCGAACAAACGGAAGGAUUUUUGGAAGCUGACCAUUAAAACAUUUUUGUUGACAUGUGGCGUUUUGCUGUACGCGGGGUACGAAAAGCCACAAAACGUUCUGAAUCGUUUCGGUCUGAUUGUGACGGUUCUGACCUUGAGCUACAUUGCGCUGCCGUUGCUGAAGUUGGGCGAAGUCAUCAGACGUAAAAGCAGCGAAGGCUUGCCCCUUCCGGUGAUCCUCGCCAGCACGGGAGCCUCCCUCCUUUGGUUACUGUAUGGAAUCAUUCUACGGAACCACUUCAUCAUCAUCCAGAAAGUGAUUGCCCUUGGGCUGUGUGCCGUUCAGUUGUCGCUGUUCAUUAUUUAUCCAGCGGCGUCGACUGCUGCUUCGGAAACGGCGUCCAGAAAGGUGAAACGUGGAUAACGCAACGUGGCUCAUUAAAACUUUGGCGCGCGAGAUAAGAGCGUGUUUACCCAGCGCCGGUUGUUGGUGGCUCACUUCAUGACAGACAGAGUCAACAGAUAUCGAACGGAGAGGAGGGGGGGGAACCGCUGCCUGACGCUGAUAAGCACAACCGCCAACAGUUUAAUUUUGAAAAGAAGUUAUUCAUUUGAACAAUAAAG